AUGGACAAAACUUCUCAUGGCCUUGGAUUUGGUGAUAGCAUCAACUCGUUAAACACUUGUCAUUACCAGAGCUCAGUCCAACAUACUGCUCAGCAUAGAGGCACUACACUUGAUUCCACAUCAUACUCCAGCUUUUCAUUCACUAACACAAAAGCCCUGAAAAGGAAGUGGGGUACUAUGGCGGGAGCAGAAGGUACUGGGGAUGCAUUACUCACUCUGGGUUUAGGCCGUUCACCAAGUUCAUCUGACAAUAGCAAAGUAAGCUCUGCCACAGCUUGUGCAAUGUCUCCGUGCUCGCUAAAGGAGGCUGAUGAGGAGUCAUCUGUUGAUCUUAGCUUGAAUUUUGAGCUUUCCCUUGGCAAUGAUGUUGCACACUUCCAAAGGAAAUCCUCUGCUGGUUUGGUGGCCAAAUCUCCUAAACUGGAUCUUCAGUUGAGUUUAUCCACUGGCUCACCUGAAUCUGCUGUCACUUGUACAAAUAUGGUGUCACCAAAUAUUCAUGAUGGCUUGGACAUACCAGUGACCUAUUCAUUACCAGCCAUUAUAGGGAAUGGGUCAGCACCGUCUAGUUGGGGUUUUGAGCACUCUGUGAUUUCAUCAUCAUAUGCGUCUGAAGCAACAUAUGCCUUCCCAUUUUCGAAGAUACCCAGACAAGAGAAUGGUACUUUGUCUUCGCCAGUCAUAUCGUCAACUCUGCCAGCAAGUGUGAAGAGCUCGGUUGCCUGUACUUCGGUGGUAACUAACCCUCAGCAGCGCAAUCUUAACACUAAAACCUGCCAGUUCCCUGGAUGUGGGAAAGGGGCAAGAGGUGCAUCAGGGCAUUGCAUAGCCCAUGGUGGUGGUAGGCGAUGCCAGAAACCUGGUUGCCAGAAGGGUGCUGAAGGAAGGACCAUAUAUUGCAAGGCCCAUGGCGGAGGGAGGAGAUGCGAGUUUCUUGGAUGUACAAAGAGCGCUGAAGGGCGCACCGACCACUGCAUUGCCCAUGGUGGUGGCCGCCGGUGCAGUAAUGAUGGCUGCUCCCGUGCUGCCCGAGGAAGAUCUGGCUUAUGCAUCAGGCAUGGAGGUGGAAAAAGGUGUCAGCAAGACAAGUGCACCAAGAGCGCAGAAGGUCAUUCUGGCCUCUGCAUCUCUCAUGGGGGUGGGAGGCGUUGCCAAUUUCCAGAAUGUGCAAAGGGUGCACAGGGAAGCACAAAGUUCUGCAAGGCGCACGGUGGAGGCAAGCGCUGCACUUUCUUGGGCUGUACCAAAGGAGCUGAAGGCAGCACCCCUUACUGCAAGGGCCACGGAGGAGGCAAGCGCUGCUUGUUUGAGGGUGGUGGAGUGUGCCCCAAGAGCGUGCAUGGCGGGACGCAGUACUGUGUUGCGCACGGUGGUGGGAAGAGGUGCGCUAUUUCUGAUUGCACCAAGAGUGCUAGAGGGCGGACGGAGUACUGUGUGCGCCAUGGUGGUGGCAAGAGAUGCAGGUUCGACGGCUGUGUGAAGAGUGCGCAGGGGAGCACUGAUUUCUGCAAGGCGCACGGGGGAGGCAAGCGCUGCUCAUGGGGCCUGCCGGACUCGAGCUUCGGUAUUGGCACAGAGCAGUGUGAUAAAUUUGCUCGCAGCAAGACUGGCCUCUGUUCAGCUCACACCGCUCUAGUCCAGGACCACUGUGUUCAUGGUGGUGGUACAUUAGGCCCUGUGAUCCACCACUUCGCCACAGAUGUUAAACCCGACGAGAUGGAAGUUGCUGCAGCAGUGAAGGUUGAUCCUGUUUCGAUGCAGUCGGAGCCUCCAUUGCCGGAGGGCAGGGUGCAUGGCGGCGGGCUGCUGGCGCUGCUUUCUCGCGGCGGAAACCACACAGGCCCUGUUGGUAACUCGGAGAACGGCGCUUCUGUCAUGAUGGCGUGGAUGUGA